AUGAAGGAAUCGAACCCAGAGUCGACUUGCCUCUGGAAUUUGUUGCUAUGGUGGCGACGAAGGCAGGACCCAGAUUCAAGACUCGAUUACUCGAUUCUUGAUAUGGGAUUCGCCGAUCCUUCUCUCCUCCUCGAAUAUCACGAUAAUUCAGCUGGGUCUUCAAUUUCGGCAAUCGAAAAGAACAAGAUUGAUCGUGGUAUUAGAAAUGACAGUCCUCCGAAGCAUCGGUACGACGGAACUUCUCCACUUCCUCUCGGCAUGGAUUGGAGGCCUUCUCCACUUAAUUGGGAUGAGCGAAAUACUCUAUGGCCACAUGAUUUUCGAACAGGGUGGAGUUAUUGUGUCAUGGUUCCUUCUUGGACCAUCUUAUCUAGCCCACAUGGUUCGGACCCUGUAGCGUUUUACAGGGUUGAGGUUGGUUUACAGUCACCAGAAGGGGUUACCACUUCACGAGGAAUACUAAGAAGAUUCAGUGACUUCUUGAAGCUCUUCUCCGAUCUCAAAAGGGCUUAUCCGAUGAAAAAAUUGCCCCCAGUUCCGCCCAAGGGACUUUUAAGAAUGAAAAGGAAGGAGCUUCAAGAGGAGGUUAAUAUGUUUCCAUUUCCCUUCUCUGUUGUUAUGCUGCUCAUGAUUUUAUGUGAUGUUUUCUUACAUUUGCAAAUCUUUCCAAGCAAGUCAUACUAUAUUUAUGUUAGUAUUCAAAGGAGUGCAAUAACACUGAUUUUUUUUUAA